AUGGGACGGCCCGCGCGCAGGCGUGAAACGCCGCGACGCUGGCCGCUCAGCCGGCACCCGGUCGUGUGCGCAGGCGCGAGGGGCGGCCCGCGGCCAUGGAGACAGAGCCCGGCGCCCCUUGUAGCCCCGCCACGCCGUCAUGGCGCCCCCGCGGCCCCCUCGCCGACGCCCCGCGGCUCCCGGGCCGGGCCCGUCUUGGUGGUGGCUCCGGGGCCGCCAGUGACCACGGCCACUUCAGCCCCGGUCACCCUGGUGGCCCCCGGGGAGGCGCGGCCCACCUGGUUACCGGGGCCCACCCAGACCUCGGCCCCGGCUUCAGCCCCGACCCCGGCUUCAGCUCCGGCCCCGGCCCUGGCGCCGGCUUCAGCCCCGGUCCCCGCUUCGGCCCCGGCCCCGGCUUCAGCCCCGGUCUCGGCUUCAGCCCCGGUCUCGGCUUCAGCUCCGGUCCCGGCUUCAGCUCCGGUCCCGGCUUCAGCUCCGGUCCCGGAUUCAGCCCCGGCCUCAGCCCCGGUCCCGGCUUCAGCCCCAGCCCCGACGGUCACGGGCAGCACAGUGGUGAUGCUAACACUGGAGGCCUCACCCGAAGCGCAGGUCUCCUCCGGCCCGGAGGUCCUGGUGCCCGCGGCAGUAAUCGGAGACCAGACGUCAAUGGCUCACGCCCUAGGGGCAGACUCUCCAAAGACGGAGGAGACUAGAACCUCACCCGCCUCUGGACCAGGAACCUCCACCAGAACCUCGUCCAGAACGGCUCCUGGAGCCCUGACCGCCAAACCCCCGCUUGCCCCCAAGCCGGGAACCACAGCGGCCUCAGGAGUGACUGCACGGAUUGCAGCAGUGACAGCAGGACAGGUGACAAGUGGACAUGGAGCAGCAACAUCAGCAUCAACAGGACCGGUUCCAGAGGACCCCUCCGGGUCCGGCACAGGGCCUUCAGGGACUAGUGAGGCUCUGGUCGCGGUUGUGAUGGUGACCCCUGCUCCAGAGCCUGCAGGAAACUCUCAGGAUCUAGGCUCCAUGUCCAGCCUGGGACCUGGCAUCUCUGGGCCCCGAGGGCAGGCCCCGGACACUAUGAGCUGCUUGGACUCCGUGAGCCUCAUGUCUGGGACCUUGGAGUCCUUGGAUGAUGGGAGCUCCGUGGGCUCAGACUCGGAGAUAAAUGGGCUGGCCCUGCGGAAGACGGACAAGUAUGGCUUCCUUGGGGGCAGCCAGUAUUCGGGCAGCCUAGAGAGCUCCAUUCCCGUGGAUGUGGCUCGGCAGCGGGAGCUCAAGUGGCUGGAGAUGUUCAGUAACUGGGAUAAGUGGCUGUCACGACGUUUCCAGAAGGUGAAGCUGCGCUGCCGGAAGGGAAUACCCUCCUCCCUCAGAGCCAAGGCCUGGCAGUAUCUGUCCAACAGCAAGGAGCUCCUGGAGCAGAACCCGGGCAAGUUUGAGGAGCUGGAACGGGCUCCUGGGGACCCCAAGUGGCUGGAUGUGAUUGAGAAGGACCUGCACCGCCAGUUCCCUUUCCAUGAGAUGUUUGCUGCUCGAGGGGGGCAUGGGCAACAGGACCUGUAUCGAAUCCUUAAGGCCUACACUAUCUACCGGCCCGACGAGGGCUACUGCCAGGCACAGGCCCCAGUGGCUGCAGUGCUGCUCAUGCACAUGCCUGCUGAGCAAGCCUUUUGGUGCCUGGUACAGAUCUGCGACAAGUACCUCCCAGGUUACUACAGUGCAGGGCUGGAGGCCAUUCAGCUGGACGGAGAAAUCUUUUUUGCACUCUUGCGCCGUGCCUCCCCACUGGCACACAGGCACCUGCGGCGGCAGCGCAUUGACCCCGUGCUCUACAUGACAGAAUGGUUCAUGUGCAUCUUUGCCCGCACUCUGCCCUGGGCUUCAGUGCUGCGUGUCUGGGAUAUGUUCUUCUGUGAAGGCGUAAAGAUCAUUUUCCCGGGGAGGCAGAAACAGGAAAAGGAACGUGAGAAACAAGAAAAGGAACGGGAGAAAGAGCGACAGAAACAAGAGAAAGAGCGGGAGAAGCGGGAGAAGGAGCGGCAGAAGCAAGAGAAGGAACGGCAAAAGCAGGAGAAGAAGGCUCAAGGCAGGAAGCUGUCACUGCGUCGAAAGGCAGAUGGGCCUCCAGCCCCCCAGGAUGGUGGGGACAGGUCCUCGGCCUCUGAGACCCGGCAGGACGCUUACUUCUGACCUCUGCUCUGGGGCUGGACUGCAUGGCCCCCUCUUCCCUCAGCCAAGAGCAGACCCCUCAGUAAGCUGUCCCUCUUUCUGAGGAAAGUGGCUUGAUUCCCAUCUCCUUGCCAGCUGCUGAUCCCUACAGCCAGGACAGUCAGUGCAUGGGGCAGCUGCAUUUCUCCGAGGUAGCUGUUGAACAAGUCUGGAGCCCCUCACCUCCAGUUAGGUUGGGCUGGGGUCUCUCUCACUCUUGCCCCAGUUCCCUUUGGGGUCCCUUUCCAGGUGCUGUCCUGAUUGGCCUUUUGUCACCAAAGGGGUGACUCUUGGCAAUGGGGGAGUCAGUUUUCAGAUUCUUACACUCCAGUUGCUCCCCGUACCCAUGAAGUGGAGCUAGGUUCCUUUUUCUCUCCAGUCCUGCCUGCCUCCCCCACUUCCUGGCCGGGGGCCUCCUUGACUUCUGGACAUCUCUGUGUUGUAAUUAUGUAUAAAGGACCUGGUUGGCCCAGGGGUGGGGGUGUUCGCUCAAUCUUCUGUCCUUUGGUUCUCCUUCCACAAUGUUCUUGCACUCUAUUUAAGGGGACAUGCACUGGAACAGGAAAUGUCCCCCACUUCCUCACCCACCACCCUCCUGCUCUCCUUCCUAUUCACCCACCUUUCUCUGUAUUCUCAUGCGUCCCCUGCUUUGCCUCACCAGGACCCCCAUCUUUCACCUUAUUUCCUUCUAACCCUCCAGCCCCUAUUUGGAAAAGGGGUAUUUUCUUGAGCUCCAGGGGGUGGAACCCAAUGUUUACAUUCUCUUCUGUAUCUGCCCCCACCCCAUGUGGCGCUUUGAGGAACCAGAAAAGAACCUGCUAUUAUACCUGG